AUGCAGAUCUUUGUGAAGACUCUUACAGGGAAGACCAUCACUCUCGAUGUGGAGCCGUCAGACACCAUCGAGAAUGUGAAGGCAAAGAUUCAGGACAAGGAGGGCAUUCCUCCUGAUCAGCAGCGUCUGAUCUUCGCUGGCAAGCAGCUGGAGGACGGAAGGACGCUGUCUGAUUACAACAUUCAGAAAGAGUCUACCCUUCACUUGGUGCUGCGCCUGAGAGGUGGCAUGCAGAUCUUUGUGAAGACCCUCACGGGGAAGACCAUCACUCUCGAUGUGGAGCCGUCAGACACCAUCGAGAAUGUGAAGGCAAAGAUUCAGGACAAGGAGGGCAUUCCUCCUGAUCAGCAGCGUCUGAUCUUCGCCGGCAAGCAGCUGGAGGACGGAAGGACGCUGUCUGAUUACAACAUUCAGAAAGAGUCUACCCUUCACUUGG